UGACGUGUCUGAUGAGGAAGUGCUACCGUGGGCGCUAGUGUGGGCGGUGUUAAGACGAGCGACGCUGUUGCGCGGUAAUGAGCAGGUUAUCACGUAGCAGUGCGUGUAGACGUUAUUGGUGGCAGUAGAGGAGUAUUUGGGGUAAUUCUGUAGCACGUGUGGGGGCGGGGCGUGUACUACUGCGGAUCUCUCCACCACAGACUCAUGCGGCCUAAUAAAGAACACGGGAAGAGACCCGCACAGCCCAAAUCUCAAGCACAGGAUCAGAGGAUGGAGCCACUAACCCAGGCUGGGAGUUUCCAUUGUGAAGAGAGUGAGGACGAGGGGCCCAUGGAAGGUCCUUCUACUCUUUCCUCGGCCUCAGAGUCUGACGGGGACACAGAGGAGACACAACCAAUGCAGCAUGCUGAGUUCUCCUCUAUGUCCUUUGAGGAACUGAUGGAGCUGCAGAAUAAGGUUGGCACUAAACUAUUCUAUAAAGCAGUUGGAGGAAAGAAGGUGCCAAAGGCGGAUGUAAAAGCAAAGAGGCCACGGCUGGAAAAGAACCAACCCACUGAGAUGUCCUCCAAGAAGCCUGUAGCAUUUCUGCGUAAAGUGGUCCAGGCCAAGAAGCAGAUGCGCAGGGACCCUCGAUUUGAUGACCUUUCCGGUGAAUACAAACCAGAAGUUUUUGAGAAGACCUAUAAAUUCCUGGGUGAUGUAAAGAAGCGAGAAAAGGAAAUGGUGCAGAAGAAGCUUAAGAAAGCCCGGGACCCAGAGCUGAAGGAGAAGUUGGAGCAACUGGCAAAGCGAAUGGAUCAGCAGGAGGCUGAGGUCCAGAAACGUCAACAACAAAGAGAGCGGGAACUGGAGUUUAAGAAACAGCAGAGGGAACUAGCCCAGCAAGGAAAGAAACCCUUCUACCUGAAGAGAAGUGACGUGCGCAAGAUUGAACUUGCAGAUAAAUAUCAAGAACUGAAGAAAAGGGGGAAACUGGAGCAUUUCCUCAGCAAGAAAAGGAAACGGAACUCUCACAAAGACCGAAGGAAACUCCCCAACCUGCAAUAGUUGCCUUCCUGUGUUGCUGCCAUCUUGGCUCAGGCAUCUUUCUGAACGUUCUGCCUGAAACUGCCGUCUUGCCUGAUGAUUAUCACUAGUGGCUACAGCUCCUCUGCCAUUUUGUCUUGACACAAUUGACACUAAGGGGCCGAUUCAUGAAGCUCGAGUGAAGGAUUCGAAUUAAAAAAAACUUCGAAUUUCAAA